AUCAAAAUUACGAAUUUUUUCAUUCCUUAAAUUGAUCAAAUGAAAUACAAGAACAACAUAGAAAUUAAUAUCGUAAUAUCGUGAAAUUCUCAUCAAAACAUACGUUUUAUCUCUUUUGUAAGAAAUAUUAUUUUAAGUUUACAUAAAUAUUGUUUAAAAUGUUGUUUUCAUUGUUUAAUGUCGUUUAAAAUGUGAUUAUUUGUGUGUGUUGAACUGUUACGGUCUCUCAGGGUGUCGGAGUACCAUACACCAGCUGUGGAAGUCCAACUGCCGUAAAACAAAGAUGUCCGAUGAUUGCAACUCUUCACACAGUUCAGAUAUGGCGCACGAGACAGCAGGCGGCGCCGACGGCUCACCACAUCACACGCCGUCGCCGCCGCACGCUGCCCACCUGCCCAUAGCAGACACCAGCUUUCAUCAUCAGAUUAUGCAGAAUCAGAGCCCAAGAAAGAAUCAUAUCGCGGAGAGAGCGAAACAAUCAUUAGAAAAUAGUUUCCUGCUACAACUGAAGAAGCAGCAGCAACUGCAGCAGGAGAUCUUGCUGCAGUCCUUCCAGCAGCAGCGGCAGCAACUCGCGCAAGAACAUGAACAACAGCUCAGGCUUCACUUUAAGAUGUGGGAGCAACAGAAGGCGGAGGCGGCGCUGCGAGAGGCGCGCGAAGCGCGGGAGGCGCGGGAGGCGCGCGAGCGACACGAGCGGGACCGGGUCGAGCUGCUGCGGAAAAAGGACAAGCUGGAGCCCAGCGCCAACGCCUCCACGCAGGUCAAACAGAAGCUGCAGGAAUUUCUCAAGAAAAAACAAGCCGCCGCGAAUGCCAAUGGAACAGUGCCCGGCUCACCGUAUAGGAAUUGGGGCAUAGUGAAGUCGUCGUCGGGCGAGUCGAUCACGUCGACGGGCGCGACGGCGACGGCGCACCCGUACCGGCUGGCCGGGCCGCUGCCGCUGGCGCUCAACGCAGCGCCCGCGCAGCCCUCGCCCGCCGACUACCCGCUGCGCAAGACAGCGUCCGAGCCCAACAUGCUGAAGGUGCGGCUGAAGGCGCGGGUCAUCGAGCGCCGCGCCUCGCCGCUCGCGCGCCGCCCGCUCAAGACGCGCGUCAAGCACCGCAACUGCGACGGUGGGUCUCCGCGAGGCUCGCCACCGGGCGCGGGCGCGGCGGCGGGCGCGGGCGGCAGCGGCGCGACGGCGCCCAUCCGCGAGGAGGAGGAGUGCCCGCGCGCGCCCGAGCUGCUGUUCUCGUCGCCCUCCAUGCCCAACAUCUCGCUGGGCCGGCCGCACGCGCCGCCGCCGCGUCACCCCGCGCACGCCGCCCACCCCGCACACCCCGCGCACCCCGCGCACGCCGCGCACCCGGCGCACGCGGCGCCCGCGCAGCCGGUGGGCGUGUCGCUACCUCCCGUAUCAGAGGCGGAGGCGUUCUGCGCGAGCGGGGCGGCCGGCACGGCGGCGGGCGCGGGCGCGGGCGCGGCGGCGGCGGCGCUGGGCGCGCGGCUGGCCAAGCGGCCGCUGGGCCGCACGCACUCGGCGCCGCUGCCGCUCGGCGACCCCGCCCUGCAGCCGCCCACCGCGCACCACUAUCUGCGCGACCAGAUACGCAAAACGGUGCUGACGCGGGCGCACGACGCGGCGGCCGCGCAGCUGCGAGAGGAGGAGGGCGAGGUGAUCGACCUGACAGCGCGGCGCGCCGAGCCCGCGCCGGCGGCGGGCGUGGCGGCCGGCGCCGCCGCGCCAGCUGCGCCGGCCGCCGAGCCCGCGCCGCUAGCACGCGCGCUGAGCUCGCCGCUGGUGGGCGCGCGGCCGCCGGCCACCGGGCUCGCGUACGACCCGAUCAUGCUGAAGCACGGGUGCGCGUGCGGCGCCCACGCGCCCACGCACCCCGAGCACGGCGGGCGGCUGCAGUCGGUGUGGGCGCGGCUGUGCGAGACCGGGCUGGCGGCGCGCGCGCGCCGCACGCGGCCGCGCAAGGCGUCGCUGGAGGAGCUGCAGGCCGUGCACGCGGACGCGCACGUGGCCGUGUUCGGCGGCGGCGGCCGCGCGCGCGCCGGCGACGUGCGCCAGCUGGUGCGCCUGGCGUGCGGCGGCCUGGGCGUCGACUCGGACACGGCCUGGAGCGAGCCGCACACCGCCGCCGCCGCGCGCAUGGCCGCCGGCGCCGUGCUCGACCUGGCGCUGCGCGUCGCCACCGGCGACCUGCGCAACGGGUUCGCGGUGGUACGGCCGCCGGGCCACCACGCGGAGGCCAACCAGGCGAUGGGCUUCUGUUUCUUCAACUCCGUCGCAGUCGCCGCCCGGAUACUGCACACUAAGCUUAAACUGCAAAGGAUACUCAUCGUUGACUGGGACGUGCAUCACGGCAACGGCACGCAGCAGAUCUUCUACUCGGACCCGCACGUGCUGUACAUGAGCAUCCACCGGCACGACGACGGCAACUUCUUCCCGGGCACGGGCGCGGUCACCGAGUGCGGCGCGGGCGCCGGGCUGGGCUACAACGUCAACGUGGCCUGGAGCUCGGGCUCCGACCCGCCCUACGGCGACGCCGAGUACCUGGCCGCGUUCCGCUCCGUCAUCAUGCCCAUCGCCAAGGAGUUCGAGCCGGAGGUGGUGCUGGUGUCGUGCGGGUUCGACGCGGCGGCGGGGCACCCGGCGCCGCUGGGCGGGUACGCGGUGUCGGCGGCGUGCUUCGCGCACAUGACGCGCGAGCUGAUGUCGCUGGCGCAGGGCCGCGUGGUGCUGUCGCUGGAGGGCGGGUACGAGCUGCCGGCGCUGUGCGACUGCGCGGCGGAGUGCGUGCGCGCGCUGCUGGGCGAGCGGCUGGCCGCGCCCGCGCUGCACGAGCUGGCGCGCGCGCCGCACCCGCGCGCCCAGCGAGCGCUGCGCCGCGCCAUCGCCGCGCACGCGCACCACUGGCCCGCCGUAAAGCAGUACAGCGAGACGGUGGGCCUGUCCGCGCUGGAGGCGGGCGCGGCCGGCAACGCGGGCGUGGGCGCGGGCGCGGCGCGGGGCCGCCUGCAGACGGAGCGCGACGCCGCCGACACCGCCGCCGCCAUGGCCACGCUCUCCAUGCACCAGGCGCCGGCCUGCACGCCCGCGGCCCUGCAGUCGGCGGACAGCUCGCGGUCGGUGUCGGAGGAGCCGAUGGAGCAGGACGAGGGCAAGUGAGGCGGCCGGCAGCCGCCCGGCCCCCGCCCCGCCCGGCCCUAGCCGGCCGCCGCCGCCGCCGCCGCCGCCGCAGCAGCAGCAGCAGCAGCGGCGCCUUACUUUUUAUAUUUAACACUUAAACAUUCCCCGCGCGCCCGCUCGCCCGCCCGCCCCCCGCCCGCCCCGCGGACGCCCCGCGGACGCCCCGCGCACGCCACUACUUAUUUAUUUAGAGCCGACUUUAUAGAGAAACGAUAUUUUGUGGAUGAUAAAUUUAAGAGAGUUUAUGUAUAUUUAUGAAGCCGUAUACCGUAGCAGUAGAGGGCGGUGGCGUGAUUAGCAGGAGGAGGGAGGAGCCGCACGGCGAGGCGCGGUGGGCGGAGGGGGGGUGGGAGGGAGGCGAGGAGGCGGCACGUCGCGCCACGCGCCGUAACGUCGUAAACGAAACGCGUCCUGCCAAAUACUUAUGUUUUGUAAAUCGCGAUGUGCUAUAUGUAUAUUACAUAAAGUGUCUAUUCGAUGUAAUAAUUCAUAAUGAAUUAGUAAAGGUAUAGAGAAUUAUAUGUGUAGGUGGUAAAGUUAAGACAAAUCUUAAUUUGAAAGCUUUAAAGAGAGUAGUAAAAUAUUAAUAACGUGUACAAAAGAUAUUUAUAUUAUAUAUUUGAAUAUUUUUAAAUAUACCUGCGCAGUGUAGGUAGUAUGUGUCGUUCGUGCUCUUCGUACGCACCGGGCCCCGCCCCGUGUCUACUGUACCAAAGAUUGUUUCCAAUACAGAAUAACCACGUGUAAUACUUCUUUGUUGUAUGUACAUAUAUUAUACAUAAAAGUCUAUAUAUAUAUAUAUAUAUAUAUAUAUAUAUAUAUAUAUAUAUAUAUAUAUAAUUUGAUGAUUUCUACGAGAGGAAACGAACUUUUUGUAUGAACAUGGAAUACUGAUUUUUUUUCUAUGUAUACUUGUUAAGUAGAGCCCGACCGCGGCGCGUGUACAUAGUGCAGCGGAUAUAUUUAUUGGGCCCGGUCGGUUGUCUGUGAAAUUGUUCUAAUUAAGUAUAUAUUUUGAUGGUGAUGCCCUCUAUUUGUACAUUUGUCUAUGUGAUACAAGUGUUGUACUAAAUGCUUAUAAAGAUACUGAUACUACUGCGGGCAGCGCCCGGCGCGGCUCCCCGCCCUUUACAUGGCAGAUCGCAUUGUGACAUAGUGUUGACAUUGUUUCCGUGCUCGUCACCUGUGUGCACGAGACACGUCCUGUCGCGGACCUUGUGUACAGUUUUAUGUACUACGAUAUGUAGUUUGUACUGUUGUAACAGUUUUGUACCUUUGUUGAACAUUAAGCAUUGUCUUUGUAUAGAACAGAUGUUGUCUCCACUCAACACGCACCGUGUUGACGGGGGAUACGUUUUCUUUUCACUUCGAACUGCACGCUCAUUGGAAGAGUGUCCAGUUUCUUUUGUAUUUUCGCUCCAGAAUCUCGUAUCGCUCGCCACGUGUGAGGUGGCGUGCGUUUGAACUAGUGGCGCGGUACGGUGACGUCUGCAAUAUUUAAUGUUUUCUAGCGAUGUUACAUCUGACGCGCCCGCCGUUGUACACUGAUCUCGAUAUCCGAGCGAGCGCGAUGACGCCGCCGUACCGCGCCCGAGCGUCUGGAGCGGUGCUGUGGAUACGUCGCCGACGUAGUUGUUCCGCGGGGCCGCCGGGCCCCGUCUAUAUUUUUGUAUGAAGGCUGUCCGUGUGUGUGUAACUGUAUACGUAACGUAUAUACCUGCCGCUAGGUAGCACGUACCAGAGGGAUGCGAUCCUUGUACGAUAAACAGAGUUAAACAAUGUUGUGUCUUUGAAAAUUUUAUUGUUAAAUUGGAAUACAGAUGAAAGAACUAUUUAAUAAAUGUAUAUAUAUAUUUGGAAUUUUAA